AUGCCUCACCCAGUGACCCCGCCGUCUACCGAAGCAGCCCCUCCACCACCUCAUGAGGUUGUCUCGGGGCUGCUGAACACGAUUUUCACGGCGCAAACCUCUGCGGCUUCCGUCGACGCCAGCUAUGGAGUCUGCGAGCUGUUGCUGAACUCUGUCGGCGCUGCCGGCCUCAACCAGUACGGCAUCUUGGCUGAGAUCAAGAAGGCGGCUGCUGAUAAGAAGAGCGGCCUCAAGAGGGAGAGCAGCCAGAACCUCCUUGGUGCAAUCUUCGAGCGCUUCCUCCCGAGACAGAAGCUGAGCGAGGUUGUUCUCCUUCUUCAGGAUGGUGGUAUGGUGCAGUGUGCGCUUGACGCCCUCGCCGAUAAGGGAUCUGUGGUCCGUGAGUCUGCACAGUACGGACUCGAUGCCCUCUUUUCCAACCUGAGCGCCGAGGCUCUCGUCGCCGGCCUGCUCCCUGCCUUGACCGAAUAUCUUUCCAAGAAGACUGGAAAAUGGCAAGGCACUGUCGGAGCCUACAAGCUGCUCCAGAAGAUGGCCGACAAGGCCAAGUUGUCCCUCGGUGGCACCAAGGAGGAAGCCGUCGAGAAGGACUUGCUCCGCGAGGCCAUGGGUGCUAAACUUGCUGGCCUCAUCCCCAUUGUCGAAGGUGGAAUGCACGACCUCAAGACCGAAGUUGAGAAGCAGGCUGUUCAGACCAUGAACUCGCUGACCACCCUUCUGUCCAACGACGAUGUUGCCCCCCGCCUGCCUCUGCUUAUCGACACUAUGCAGCAUCCAUCCUCCCAAACUCUCCAGAAGGCCAUCCACGCCUUGUCUCAGACUACUUUCGUGGCGAUUGUCACUUCCCCUGUUCUGGCUCUGCUUACGCCUUUCCUUGAACGAUCGCUCAACACUCCCACGACCUCCCAGGAAGUUCUCCGCCAGACCGUCGUUAUCGUGGAAAACCUUACCAAGCUGGUUCACGACCCUGUUGAGGCCAGAACUUUCCUCCCCAAGUUGACCCCCGGUGUGAAGGGUGUUUGCGACCGAGCUUCCCUCCCUGAAGUCCGUGAGCUUGCCAACCGGGCUCUUGCUACUAUGGAGAAGGCCAUGGGUGACGAAAAGGAUGUUGUCGCUCGAACCACUGGUGACGACGUCUCAAAGAUUCUCGAGGAGCAGAUCAAGAAGGCCCGAGGGCUUGAUGGCAGCGCCGAUCUCUACAAGCUUGUCCGCCCUUACGUCGCUGAGAUGGUUGCUCUCGAUGUCAACUACCGCUUCAUCCAGCGUAUCUCUGCCCGAAUUGCUCCCUACCUCGAGUCUUUGGCCAAGGAGCCUCAACAGGUGGCUGACGCUGUUCAGCAAUACUACGCUGACGAGGACGCUCGUAAAUAUGGUGUGCCCGAGAAGGAAGAUGACGGAGAAAUCGAGAUCGUCAAUGCCGACUUCUCUCUUGCCUAUGGAGGUAUGCUUCUUCUUUCUCACACCAACUUGCGUCUCCUCAAGGGCCAUCGCUAUGGUCUUUGCGGUCGCAACGGUGCCGGAAAGUCCACUCUCAUGAAGAGUAUUGCUGGUGGCAAGCUUGAAGGUUUCCCACCUCAGGAUGUCCUUCGCACCUGCUAUGUGGAACACAACCAGGGCGAAGAUGCUGAAAUCAGCAUUCUCGAAUUCGUGUCAAAGGACCCUGAGAUCGCCACCCAGGGUACCGAGCGUAUCUCUGAGGUUCUGACUGAAUUCGGUUUCACACCUGGCCCUGAGGGUCGCCAAGCCCAGAAGGUUGGCUCCCUCUCCGGUGGUUGGAAGAUGAAGCUCGCUCUGGCCCGAGCUAUGUUGCAACGAGCUGAUGUCCUACUCCUGGACGAACCUACUAACCAUCUGGAUGUCGCCAAUGUUGCCUGGCUGGAGAACUAUCUCAAGACUCACCCUGAUAUCACGAGUUUGAUUGUUUCUCACGACUCGGGUUUCUUGGACAAUGUCACCACUGACAUCUACCACUACGAACCUAACAAGAAGCUGGCUUGCUUCAAGGGCAACCUGGCCGCCUUUGUUGAGGUCAGGCCCGAAGCCAAGAGCUACUACACCCUCACAGCUGCCAAUGCCCAGUUCAAGUUCCCACCUCCAGGUAUCUUGACUGGUGUUAAGUCGAUGACCAGGGCCAUCAUCCGCAUGUCCAAUGUCUCAUACACAUACCCCGGUGCACCAAAGCCCUCACUCCACGAAGUUUCGUGCCAGCUUACUCUGUCAUCCCGGGUGGCCAUUAUUGGACCCAACGGUGCGGGUAAAUCCACCCUCAUUAAAUUGCUCACUGGCGAGACGAUCCCCAACACUGGCAAGGUUGAGAAGCACCCCAAUCUCCGUAUCGGAUACAUCAAGCAGCACGCCCUUGAGCACGUGGAGAUGCAUUUGGAGAAGACACCUAACCAGUACCUUCAGUGGCGUUACGCCCACGGUGAUGAUCGUGAAGUCCACAUGAAGCAGACUCGUGUCCUCUCUGAUGCCGAUCGCGAGCAGAUGGAUAAAUUUGUUGAUCUCAAGGAUGGAAGAUCUCCUCGACAGAUCGAGGCUCUUGUUGGUCGUCAGAAGUACAAGAAGACUUUCCAAUAUGAAGUCAAAUGGCGCGGUCUCAUGCCAAAGCACAACACAAUGAUCUCUCGCGAAACCCUCGGUGAACUUGGAUUCGAUAAGCUUGUCCAGGAAUUCGACGACCACGAAGCAUCCCGCGAGGGUCUGGGCUACCGUGAGCUCCAGCCGUCCGUCAUCUCCAAGCACUUUGAGGACCUGGGUCUCGACCCUGAGAUUGCCAACCACAACGAGAUCGGAUCGCUCUCUGGUGGUCAGAAGGUCAAGGUCGUCAUCGCCGGUGCCAUGUGGAACAACCCCCAUCUGCUCGUGCUUGACGAACCUACCAACUUCUUGGACCGUGACUCUCUCGGUGGUCUGGCAGUUGCUAUCCGCGAGUUCAAGGGUGGUGUUAUCCUGAUUUCUCACAACGAAGAGUUCGUGGGCGCUCUCUGCUCCGAGCAGUGGCACGUCAACGACGGUCGCGUCGCCCAGCGCGGCAACGCCGCUGUCAGCCUCGACCGAUUCGAGGACUCCCGCCCCGGCAGUGGCGUGACCAGCACUGCUGUCAGCACCGCCGCCAACUCAGUCGUCUCAUCCGCCGUCAACUCGGGUGUCGAGGACAACACCGACAUGAAGUUCAAGGCCAGAAAGAAGAAGAAGAUGACCAAGAAGGAGGUGAAGGAGCGUGAGGUUAGAAGACGUCUGCGCCACAUUGAGUGGCUCAACAGCCCCAAGGGAACCCCCCACCCCCCGGACACGGAUGAUGACGAGUAG